AUGCUGAGGUCACUCAGAGUGAUGAACUUAUCCAACAAUGGCUUCUCUAGUGAAAUCCCAAUAGCACUUCAAAAUCUAAAAGACCUCGAAUCUUUGGAUCUCUCAAGAAACAAGCUGUCAGGGAGGAUUUCUCCACAACUUACAAGUCUAACUUUCCUGGCAGCAUUGAACUUGUCAUACAACCAACUUGAAGGGAGCAUACCACAAAGCAACCAAUUCAUUACAUUUACAAAUGAUUCCUACCGUGGGAACCCAAAAUUGUGUGGGCUGCCUCUGUCAAGGAAAUGCACUGAAGUUGGUCUUCCAAUGCCACCACCUCCAGGGGAAGAUGAAGAUUCAUUGUUAUAUGCUAUGUCUACUUGGAAAAUUGCGUUGAUAGGUUAUGCUAGUGGAUUGGUCAUUGGGUUAUGUAUUGGAUAUACAGUGCUGAAUGAGUUGGGAAACAAAUGGGUUGACAAGUUCAAAAAGUGUAGGAAAAGAAAUAGAAGAAGAUGUAGGUGA